AUGAGGGGGGGUUCUUUCCCAAAUCGGGGUCCUUCUGGAGGGCAAGGGUCGUGUCGGCAACGGAUGGGCAGCACUUGCGCCCCGGAAGCUUCUGGAAUGGCCAGCUUCCGUAUGCCAGAGGAGUCCGAGGGCCAUGCGGCCACCUGGAUGGUCUUCAGGGCCUCCAAGGGCAUCUGGGGCGCCGACCUGGCGCCCUACGUCGAGAAGGACCUUGGCCAGAUCGCAAGAGCGAUUGCCAAGUACGAGCCGGUCAGAAUUCUCGUUUCGCCGAAGGAUCGCCCAAGGCUGAGCCGACUCGUGGACGGGGUGGGGAACAUUGAGGUGUUCGAGGCGGAAGUGGAUGACCUCUGGGUGCGCGACACUGGCCCUGUGUUCACAGUCAAUGAGGCCGGAGAGCUACGGGCCGUGAAGUUCAACUUCAAUGGCUGGGGCAACAAGCAGGCGCAUUCGUUGGACAAGCGUGUGGCCGAGACCAUUGCCGAUCUUGCAGGUGUUGAGCUGGUCACUUCUUCGCUUGUCCUGGAAGGGGGAGGGCUUGAGGUCGAUGGGGAGGGAACCGCCAUCAUCACUGAGAGCUGCGUCCUGAAUCGCAACCGCAACCCGGGCGUCACCCGGGACUCUGCGGAGUCUGAACUCAAGGCACUCCUGGGCCUUCACAAGAUCAUCUGGCUGCCGGGGAUUGCCGGGAAAGACAUCACGGACGGCCACACGGACUUCUACGCGCGCUUCGCGAAGCCCGGCGUGGUGGUGGCGGGGAUCGACUCCGACCCUGCGUCCUUUGACAAGGCCGUGAUGGAAAGCCACCUGGCCCUCCUUCAAGAGGCCACUGAUGCGAAGGGCCGUGCCCUGGAAGUUGUGACCCUUCCCGUGCCCUCGAAGGUCAGGAGGAAGUCGGAGGACUUUGCAGCUGGCUACGUGAACUUUUACGUGGCCAAUGGCGCGGUCCUGGUUCCCCAGUUUGGCGACCCGGCAGCCGACGCGCACGCUCUCAGGACCCUGCAGAUGUUGUUUCCGGGAAGGGUCGUGGAGCAGCUGAACAUUGACAACGUUGCCGAGGGCGGUGGAGGCAUCCACUGCGUCACCCAGCAGCAGCCCAAAGCGAUCCCGGCGCCUUAA